AAAUUAGCGUGGUUUUCUGCCAUCAGCUUUGCAAGCAAGUUUCUUUGAGCUUGUUCAUGAGUUUGUUUUGAGACCACUGGAAUACUGAACACAGCUUCACUCCAUCAUGGAAGAAAGAGUGUCAUGUUGUUGAUUUUUUGCAGUAUUCUGACAGAAAGGCUGCUUUUACAAGUACCAUGGCCCGUGUCUUCGUCUACGGCACGCUCAAGAAGGGCCAGCCCAACUACAAGCACAUGAUCAACACGGCCAAAGGCCUGGCGAAAUUCCAAGGAAGGGGCCACACAGUGGAGAAGUACCCGCUGGUGAUUGCAGGGAAAUACAAUAUUCCUUACAUGCUGAACAUCCCGGGGACAGGCCACCACAUUGCUGGGGAGAUUUACUCUGUGGAUGAGCAGAUGCUGCAGUUCCUGGAUGAGUUCGAAGGCUGCCCAGACAUGUACCAGCGCACGCUGAUGAGGAUCCAGGUGGUGGAGUGGGAAGGGAAGGGCGGCGCGGGCGAGGCGCGGGCAGCGGCCGACGGCGUGCUGGAGUGCUUCGUGUACAGCACGGCCACCUUCCCUCCCGAGUGGGUCGGGCUCCCCUACUAUGACAGUUACGACUCCUCGGGGAAGCACGGCCUCUCCUACGUCCUACGGGAAAGCCGGGAAUAGGGACGGGAGGUGCCGCGGCCUGGCCGCAGCCAUAGUGCUAAGCAGGUGUUGCUCGGUAACCUUUCCAGGAAAGCUGUAAUGCCUUGUUAUUAAAAUGCAGGAGCUCUCAUAACCUUCCCAACCCAGGAGCCUUGGCGCUAGUGUUGAAGUCCUGUAGGCCCAGAGCUGCAGACUCCUCCCCAGGCAGGCAGUGUCGUCCUGGCCCCCCCAGCCUGCUGCAGGUAACUGGGUUUGCACCAGGUGUAAAAUAACUCUAUGUGCACAUCAGGUCUGGGGUCUAACUAUUCCCUCAACUUCCCCCUUUGCCUUGGUGCAUAAUAAUGGAGGUCAGUGAAAGGCAGAGGAACGGAUUCAAUUUUUUUUCCCUGAAUUGACAAAAUUUGAAACUGAUUUAAAUGUCUGCAAAGUAAAGCACAACUCCUAUUGAAUAUUGACUUGUAAUGGGUUUAGUGGGCUACUGCAUGUAAACAGGGAAAGCUAAUCAGAUAACUUGGUGCUUCUAGACAAAUAGGAAAUUGCUGGAGAAAAUGUAAAGAUUAUUCUUAAAGAUUAUUCAUUGCAAUGGGUUUUUUUCUGAACUGGAAAGGUGUAUUUUUAAACCAUGUUUAGUUUUAAAAGGCACUGUCAAGAAAUAUUGAGAGAAUAGAAGAGAAUUACAUUUAAAACUGUAUUUUUAAUUUUAUAUUCUAAGCACUUUGGGUUCUGCCUCUGUUCACUGCGUGACUGUAGGAUUUGGGGGUGUGUGUGUCUGUGUGCCUGUGUCUGUAUGUGUGUGUGUGUGUGUGUGUGUCUGUUUUGGGGGCUGUUAGGGACCAGAAAAAGCAAAUCUACACUGGAGCCACCGUGAGCACUUACUGUCAAGGUGACUUUUUGCCAAGCAUUUUAAUACAGAACUUCCAACCAUAUGCAAACUGAGUUUCCUAAGGGGGGGGGGGGGAAUUGUAUAUGCAUUAUAAAAAUAUCCAAAGGACUUGUAUUGUGAUUAUUGCAACAUUUAAAUUGGGAAAAAUAUAUGUAAAGAAGACUGUUGUCCCCCUGACCCAAGCAAUUGUGCUGGUUUCUGUACAUUCUGGAAAAAUCAUGGCUUUCUGUUGUUACACUCCUGUGCCUUAUAUUUUUCUUCAGCUGCAGUGUUUGGUACAGAUAGAUUGUAAAGCUGCCAGAGGGAGGGGAGCAGGCAUUGUAUGCCAUGCAGUGAGCCAAAGUACCAUCAAAUGCAGCAAGGAUACAAUUGAGAACAAUAUUGUACUUUUGCUUCACUGCCAGUAGCCCUGUGAGGGCCAGAGGAGAUCCGGGGUAGGGAAUCAGCCUAAACUUUAGCAGUAGUAGGCACUGCUGCAUCUCAUUUAGAAAAGCUUCCAUGUUGCUGCAAUAAGCAAAACAAGUAACUUGCUGGUAGAAUACUUGUGUCUCUUUACAGUACUUGUCUCUUUAGGGCAACCUGCAGAGACUGAACUGUGCUCCUUUGGAAAGGGGUAAGAUGGCAGUAAGGAAACUUGGAAGGAGAUCUGCAGGGUGCCUGCCUCAGUUUCUCCAACUGCAAAAGCAUUAAUUUUCCUGAAAGGCAGGUAUUAUCCAAACACUCUCCUUCCUCAUCUUGAUGAGUUUUAUAAACUAAUUCUCUAAGCAGAUCCCUGGACUACAUAUUCCCCCUCAGCCAUGUGAUGUAGUUAAUUAGCAGUGUCUCAAUAACAGGAAGAAUGCCUCUUCAGUCAGAAGUUCCAAGCAGAAUCAAACUUUCCUGGUUGAACAUGAGUCACCAGCCCUGUCACCAACUGUUUUCAUCCUUCACCUUCUAGUAAAGGGCCAAGGCACCUCUGGCCAAAGGGUUUCUUUCUGGGAAGUAGCAGGACUCUGCACAUCCUGGGCAAGAAAAUGAGAGCAGGGCUGCUCCACUCUGGGGCAGUGGUCAAGGUCCCUUUGUCUCCCUUUCCUGUAAGCAUUCAGGAGGAGGCCUGGUCUGAGGGACAGCACGUGCUCUUAGCAGUACCUUGGGGCAGCUAAAGACCUCUGAGAACAGUGCCAGCUCCUGUAAAGGCAUCCAGUAAUCAGUAUCAAGAAGAUAGGGGUGGGGAAAUUGAGUAUGGAGUUUGAAGAUAAGAAGACAAUUCCCUUACAAUUUUAAAUGAAAAUACAUGACAAAUAUCUGCACUAGCAAAAUAAAGCCUCUAAGCUGUAAUUUAAAUCUAAUCUAUGCAAAGCAGUAAAAAUAUAAUAAUAUAGAAGUAUUUAAAAUAUAAGUAAUUAUAUAAUAAUUUAUUAUUAGUUAAUAAGUAAUAAUUCAAUAAAUAUAUAUCCCAAUUCAAAAUAAAUCUGAUCAGAAUUUAAGCCAUUGGUGGUACUUGUGCAGCCCUUAUACAGAGUAAAGGAGAACUGCUCAGUUUGCUCAGUGGUUAAUUUUUCAUUCUUGCCAGCCAUUCUGUACAGCCUGGCUGGGGCCUCAAACCAGAGACAUUGCUGUGGAGAAGACAAAUCAGAUUUUGGCUUUUGUUGUGUUUUCUUUUUUUAAAAAAAAGAGGCUUUUCCUGUUUCAAAGCAGAAAUGGUAUUUUAUUGAUUUUAUUUGAUCCUGAAAAAUCAAAGCAUUACAAAGGUUAUGUACAAGUAUUUCUGGAAGUAAAAAUCUGGGAUCUGUUGCCAAGAUUUAACAUCUGUGUUUGCUGUCUUAACCACUGAUACAGUAAAUAUGCCUGUAUAAAGUCUUGUGCAUAGUACUGUCUGUUUUCUGUGUUGAAUUGUCUUAAUGUUACUUUACAGAUAAAAAUAAUAAAGGCUUAGUUAAUUCAA